CAUCCCUUCAGCUCCGACUGGCACCAUGUCUGAUCUCCUACCCGGCAUGCUGGAACCGAAGGAAGAGAAGGAACCGAAGGAACCGAAGGCGAGCCCCAAAUUCACAGAAGGCAAGGAGCCGCGAUCGUGGCCCAAAUGGGAGAAGGUCGACCCGGCCACGGCCACGCGAAGGGAUCCGCAGAUCGAGAGCUUCGCAGGGAUUGAGGCUCGACUGGACGAGCUGUCGCAGCAAAUGGACCUGGUACUGGCAGAGCUGAGCGGUGGAAAAUCUCGCCAGGACGCCGCUUCGACAUCCGUUCGCUCUAGUUUUCUGAACGUGAUUCCAAGAGCGCAUGUCUCCACACUUGGUCCCCCCUCGGCGCGCGCCUCGCGCACCUCGCGGAAGUCACGGGCUUCCGGGGCCUCGCGGGCCUCCCGGGCCUCGUGCGCCUCCCCGUCGGAUCCGGGCUCGGACAAGUCCAUCACGGACGCGGCAACUCCGGAGAACAAGCGGGGCACCGUGCAGUCCCAUACACGGCAAGCUGUGCCAGCUGCGAAAGCUGUGGACCUGGCGUGUGCUUGGAGGCUUCAUGCUGACGAGCUAGAGGGUGAGUAUUCCAACACGGAGCGCGAGCGUGCUAAGAGCUCGGCGCAAACGCUGUGGCGUUUGGUGGAACGUAGACGAGCGGACGUUCUCUGGGAGUUGUUGGAUGAUCCUCGCUCCAGUCCCAUGGCAUGGUUCGUGUCACAGUUUUUGAAGGCCAUGGUGAUCUCCUCUGUGCUGUGGUCCAACCUGCAGAUGACCGAGACAGAAGUCCUGGAUCCCUUCGUUGCGCUGGUGCUGGAGAUCAUCAUCGACACCAUCUUUACGGCCGAAUUUGCAUGUCGAGUGCUGUCGGCACCAUCCAAAAGGAACUACUUCAUGGAUCCGUUAAAUUGGGCCGACAUUCUAUCAGCGCUGGGUCUCCCGCUUCGCGCUGCCAUUGGCUUUGCCAUAAAGCCUGAAAAUUUCGUGCAGCACUUUCUGCAGUUCGUGAUGCCGUUGGUGCGUUUUUUGAAACUUCUGCGCUACUUCGAGUCUUUCCGGCUCUUACUGGACGCUGGUCGCCGAUCCGCGGAAGCUUUGCCAGUGCUAAUCUAUAUGACCUGUUUGAUUGUCAUGGUCUCGGCGACCGCCAUCUUUUUGGGCGAGACACGGGAAACCAUCCCCAGCAUGCCGCACUCGCUCUGGCUGGCCCUGGUGACCAUGACCACUGUGGGGUAUGGAGAUUUCUAUCCCAAAUCCUUGCCUGGCUACCUCACAGUGGCCGUGUUGACUUUCGUCAGUGUUUUGUUUCUGGCCCUGCCCGUCGGCAUCAUCGGACACGAGUUCACCAUGACGUGGAAGUCGCGGACACAGAUCCUGCUGAUGAUGCGCUUCCGCAGGGCGCUGGACAAAUGGGGCUACGGCGCCCAGGAUUUGCGCGUGCUGAUUGAAUACGUUGACGUGAACGGUGAGGGCGAAUUGCUCUUUGAAGACUUUGUGGAACUGAUCAAGCAGAUGAGGAUUGGCAUUUCGACAGAAGAAGCAUCUCUACUUUUUGGUUACUUCGAUUUUGACGGGAACGGCAUGGUGGACCAUGCGGAGCUCAUGAAGCAUCUCUUUCCAAAGGACUACAUGAAGCUGGAGUUGGAAGGGAGAAUGAGCCGCAGCUCGCGGCAGUCACGGAUUCGGGUCAGCGAUGCCAUAGAGAUUUUGGCUCAGGGCCCUCCAAAGGAGGAAGAAGCGCUGUCAGAACCGGAUUUGCAAGCUAGUGGAUCUCACUGGAGUCACUAGCGCUAGCUCGAGCCUGCCUGUCCAGCAGGGGUGGGCCCAGUUUGUAAACCGAUUUCGG